AUGCAAACAUAUAUACUAACAAUAUCAAAAACAUUAGAUGAAGUAUUUAUCAGUAAUACAUCAUCCAGUUCAAUUACAUUACAUAGUGAAGAAAAUAAAUCAAAACAAUCUGUUUGUAUGACAACAACAACAACAAAAAAACAACAAAACCCAAAUGAAGUAAACAAUUGGAAAUGA